AAGGUGGACUUUCCGCUGCAUUUUCUCACUUUCCUCCCCAGGUCUCUCUUUCCGACGGGUGAUGAAACACAUCAGGAGAGAGAGAGGGGGAGAGGAAGCAAGACCCUAGCUAAACCUCUUCUCCAAGCUCCAGAUUCCGGCCGAAUCCCAACGGAGCCGCCGCCUAUCGCGGCGGCACCUCUGAGAAAAGCUGCCAUUUUCUCCGGUGGCGGUGGGCGCUCCGAUCCAGGCAGAACCGUCGCCGGAAGUCGAGCUCUCCAUUGCGGCCGCGGGUGGAGAGGGCGCAUAUCGACCCCGUCCGGCGAUCGGAAGGAAAAUUUUCGUUCUUUCAGGGGCUUAAUUGAUCGAUCGAUCGAUCGGUUGGGAUAAAGAUGUAUAAGAAUCAGUUGCAGGAGCUGGCGCAGCGGAGCUGCUUCAAUCUGCCGUCGUACACGUGCAUACGGGAGGGGCCGGACCACGCGCCGAGGUUCAAGGCCACGGUCAACUUUAACGGCGAUGUCUUCGAGAGCCCGAGCUUCUGCACUACGUUGAGGCAGGCGGAGCACUCCGCCGCCGAGGUCGCCCUCGUCGCCCUCUCCACCCGCGGCCCCUCCCACUCCCUCGCCGCCCGGAUCCUGGAUGAGACAGGAGUUUACAAGAACCUUCUGCAAGAAAUUGCUCAAAGAGUUGGAGCACCUCUGCCAUCAUAUGCAACUAUGCGCUCUGGCCUUGGACACCUACCUGUCUUCACUUGCACAGUGGAGCUUGCUGGGAUCACAUUCACAGGUGAGCCAGCAAAGAACAAGAAACAGGCAGAGAAGAAUGCUGCCAUGGCAGCAUGGUCUUCAUUGAAACAAUUGGUAAAGCAAGUGGCAAGCUCAUCAAGCGAACCGGCGAACCAUGAUGAGCAGGAGCAGAUCACAAUUGCCCGUGCUCUGUUGAGCUAUCGCCUAAAGGAAAAGAUGGCAAUGGCAAACAACCCCAAUGCUACAGCAUUCCCAAAGAAGUUUCCUAUACAGCCAGAUAAAAAACCAUCAUUGCAGCCUUCCUCAUCCACUGUAUCAAAGAUCUUACCUCUGAUCCGACCAAAAUCUUCUCCAAGAACCCGACCAACCUCCCCAGUGAUAACUGAUGGUGCCCCUGCAUCUCCCUUCCCACGACCAGAAAACUGCAGUGCCUGGCCUCAGAAGUUCCCUGCAAGCAGAACAUACAUACCAGUUCAGCACUAUAGAAUGCCUUACCAUGGCAUGGCACCUCCGGUGACAAUAAGGACGGCCGUGCCAGUCUUUUCAGCUCCACCUCUUCCACCACCAGCAGUACAUGAGCAUCAAGAUCCACCAGUUAUGGGCCAAUCGAUUUGUAUGGCUUCACCUGUUCGCAUCAGGCCAGUUGUGCCGGUCUUUGCUGCUCCGGCCCCAGCACCAGCUAAUGCUCCAGUGAUCCCAGUUCAGGUAAAGGAACCGCCACCAGUUGGGGCAGCCUCCCCUCCAGCAAAACCUCUAGUGGAGAAAGGGGAAAAUGUUGAUGGUGGUGCUGCAAAAGAUCUGGAAGAGUCUACAUUGAUGGAGAGCUUGAAGCAGCUAGAGAUCUGAUGAUGCUGAAGUGUGGAAAUCUUCUAAGUCAAAGAUUUCGGAAAGGCUGCAUUGUAGCAGGAUCUUAGCUUUAUAGAAGCAAAAAUCUCAGGGAUAGGCCAUUCAGCUGGUAUGAAGGUCUCAUCAUACUGAAUUUUCAGUUUUGAAGUUUCAAAGCCUUCAAUUUUAGCAAAUGACAAGUGAGUAUGCUCUAAACUACUAUGAGAUGGUCCUGUAUGGUUGCUUCAUCUCGAUAAACAACUGGCACUUGAAAUCGGCUUAACUUUUAGUGACCAUGCCCUUAUUCUGUGUUGCGAGCUGAGCCUCCAACUUGGCACCUGGAAUGCAUCUCUUGGUCGUGGCAAUUUUUCUCUACUUACGCUUGCGGUGAUUACUCACAGCUGUUACGGAGGGGCUUAUUUCAGCCACUUGGAAUAUAGCAUGUUCUGCUAGGAGAAUAUAUGCAGGCUAUUCCGGAUGGGUUUAUAGUCACUUGAUCUGGGCAAUGUCGCUUAUUUGGUUUAUUGCCAUCAAUAACAAUUGUUUGCAAUGCUUUGAACCCUCAUACUUUGGUGCAGGAAUUUGAGUGCAGGGACCCUAGCGGCAAGAUGAUCUGGCAAAUUCGUGGUUUAUAUACUUACUGUUACCAAAAUUUAUUUUAUAGAGAGUAAAUGUUUUUCCUUC